AUGAAAUAUCUGAUGAAAAAGCCCAAUGUACCAGUUUAUCCGUUGGACGAUUUUGCAAGCAUAAAUUUCUCGCCUAAAAACGACAGGAGUGAUAGUGAUGAAGUGCAAAAAGGCUCCGUUGAAGAAUUGACUUAUCCAGAUUUUUUACCAUGGAAAGAUCACACUCAAUUAGGAAAAAACGAAGAACCAGCGGAAUCUCGAAAAGCUGAUAAUACUGCUUAUUUAAACAAAGGAUAUUUUGAAGUACCACAGGUAACAAAUGAAUAUUAUUCAGGAAGGAAUUUAAUACUGGCCACUGUUUUUUUAUCUACCGAGAAUUGUGGAAAUGUUAUUAGAGAGUUGUCUCAGCAUUUAGCCAACGCUUACCAAACCCGAAAUGAGAGCAUAAAUCGAAUUAGAUCAAAUUCAAACCAUUUCAAAAUUCCGCAAAAAGUUACUUUGACAGCAGCUAAGAAAGAAAGUUGGCUUAGAGAUCUAGGAAAUUCAAGAAUCUCAUUGCAAAAGAUUGGAGAAAAAAUUCCUCAUGGUAUAAGAAAUAAACAUUUGAUUGAAGCUGUUAUAUCGCAUCAUAUACCUAUAAAGAGGGCGCUUUGGUUUACGAAAUGUGUAAUGUUUGGAGAAUUGUUAGCUUUGAGAAAAAAACAUCAUUCAAGGAUCUCAAUGAGUGGAGAAACGCCACAACCAAAUGACGUUACUGGUUAUGCGGAAAAAUAUGAGAUUCAUUGGUUGCAAGAAUGGACUCAACAGGUUGUAGACUACAUUUUUAGACUAUCAAAGGAGAUGGCAACUACAACUAGCAUGGAAAGUAAGGAACUUUAUAUGGAAAAAGUUAAACAUUUUUUAGAUUACGUGCAGUCAUUAUAUGUGGAGUCUUUGCUCGACAAAACCAUCUUUUUGAUGCUAAUUAUUAAGCCUUUGAAGGAGCACUUAUCGGUGGAUUCUGAAAUUUUGAAAGAACUCUCAAGGAUUGAGGAGAAUAAGGAUGAUGAAGACGAGGAAAAAUGUAAUGGGGAUAAGUCCCUAGAGCCUGUUAAAUUUAAUUUCAACUAUGAGCUGCGUUUAACUUCGCUAACAUUGAUAAAAAUGUUUUGGAACGAUUUAAUAAAAAUUGAUUUCUUGGCUAAAGAAUUGAGUGAGCUGGUUUUACUCAAUUAUUACUUUAUUUCAAAAUUGACAGAAUAUUCACAAUGGGCACUACCGACAAAUGUGAAAUCAAGUAUAUUGAAGGUACUAGGUGAUACGGUGUUAUAUCUAUUCAAAUUCAAUACAAAUAUGUUUGUUAUUCCUAACAAUUGGCGGUUAACUGAAAGUGCUUUGACAAAUAUUUUGACAAACAAUUUGUCACUGAUGGUCGAGUCGGAGAGAGAAAAACUUUUGGAUCAGUUGGAACUUGUUAGAUAUCGAAAUGAAAGCUUAAUACUAAAUUUGAGAAAGACGGAAAUGCUGAAUCAGAGUUAUGAUGUUCGACAAAAAUAUACUCACGAAAAGGAUGUUUGUGAUGAGUUGAGAAUUAUUCGUGCUUUGGACAUAUUGAAUUUGAGCGAUGAUUUUUCUCGAUCUUUAACACCUUCUUCGAAGAAUUGGUGGGAUCAUUUAAAGACUGCCAUGGUUUGGUGUAUUUCACCUUGGAGAUACUGCGAUCCUCAAAGUGAGAACAUUCUGAUUAUUUGUAAUUUUUUGAAGAAACAGCUUGUAUCAGUUGACAAGUCAAUGAAUAAAAUGUCAAAGGCUGAGUUUGGAAAUGAGAUUUUGGAGAUUCUAUAUCAACUUACGGAAGCAAGUUCAGACCUUGUAGAUAGACAAAAGCUAAAUGUGUUAGUGAAUGAGUUAUAUCAAUUGAGGUUAAUCACAAUUGCAUCAUAUAUUAGAAAGCUUAUUGCUAAUGGUGUCUUUUCAGGAAAUCCAGACGAGGAGCUAAGUUAUACCACAAAGGUACAUUUAAACGUUUUAAAGAACCUACCAUCAGUGAACAACAAUCAAUGUGAUAGUAUUUUGAAGAAAUGGGAUAAAGAUCAAAUUAAAUUUCAUACAAUUAUAGAGACUUCGAAAAAUUUGUUGCAAACAGAAAUUUUGGACAAGAUAUUUCACAACAAUUUUAUACAUUUAUCCCAAAGCUUCAAAGACCAUACAAGCUCUUUAAAGACUGGGGUUAAAUUUUUAUUAAUAAAUUGGAUUACGAAGGAAUUAAAAUCAAAAUUCGAUACCACAUCAAAAUUGAUUCACAUUACUCCAAAUGUAUUGAAUGGUCUUUACGAAUUUUAUUCAAUUUCUGAUAAUCUUGCAGUGUUUUUUAAAUCAGUUGUUCUGGCUAUUCUUAGAAAUGAAGGAGGAAUUUUGAUCUAUUACCUUGAUGGUCUUUACUUUAUAGCUCGUUUGAUUAUGAGACAUUUUAAGUUAAUAAAACAAUUUCCUGAAAAUUCAAAUAAUUCCUUGGCUAUAAAUCUUUUGAGACUAAUCAUUCAAAAUUAUAAAGAUUUAAAUGGGAGAGAGUUUAGUUCUUAUAAUUUCCAUCAGGUAUGGGAAUUUAUUGAUUCGGUUAUAGACAAGGAUGGUUCCAAAACACAAUUUAAAAAACGCAAAUUGAAUAAUUUCAUAAACCAAAACAAUCACGCCACUAAAGAGUAUGAGCCCAUUGAAUCACCUAUGCAAAUAAAUACUAUUGAUUUAUCUUUUAAAGAGUCAGAAUCAAAAACUUACACAACAAGCAACUUCAGAAAUGAUUUGGAUCAAUUGAAAAAUCAGCUCUAUAAACCACUCACUGAUGAAGAGCUACAAGAAUUAAAUAUUACAGAUCUUGAUUUGAUGUCAAACUUAUAUCACUGGAAUGAGAGUCUUGAAACUAUUCCAGAAGCCAAAGAGAUGGCAAUUGCAAAAUUAAUCAAAAAUGAAGCUGCACAUGAUUACAUUGCAACGAAUGAUAAAUUGCAUUUAUUUGUGACUAAGUUGUUGGAAUCUGAUGGUAAUAAAAGUUUGAUGAUUAAAAAAUUGAUUGCAUAUGAUAUAAUGACUUUCAAGAGUUGCCUAAAUUUGAUACAGCAAAGUACGUCGUCUACAUCAGUCAUUUUGGAUUUACUUCUUGGAGAUUACGAAGAACCAAAGCAAGAUAGUGCCUUAAGUCAGCUUUUCAAAAUCAGCAGAUACUUUUUUCAAGCAAGAAAUAAGCAAAUUUUUGCGUCCACCUUACUGCGAUGUUUAACAGACGAUAAAUUAUUCGAAAAAUUUGAACAAAACAUUUUAUUUUACUUAAGACAUCGCCAACUGUAUAUUGACAAAUCAAUUUUCUCAGAAAUAUUCAAGAAUUUCGAAAAAGAAAAAAUCAUUAAUAUUUUGAAUCGUAUGUUGAAGAGAGACGAGUUCAAUUACAUCUAUUCGAUUGAUGAGUUGGGUGAUAGUUUGUGCCAGGUGAACGGGUUCAAUAUUAUGAUUUAUCAGUUCUUGAUCGCUCAGUUGACGUUGGGGAUGGAGAGAAUGUCACCUGAAGAAAUUCAAUUCCAAUGGAAAAGUUUUGUAACUAAAUUUAUGAACAUUUGUGUAAAUAAAUCAGAUCACGGUGCUAUACUUGUUGAAUUGUUUGAUUGUGUUUCUUGGAAUCAUAAAAACAUUAUCCUAGAAAUAUUUGAAAACGAGUUUAUGACUCAAAUUUCAAAGGAAGAUUUGGAUCAAACAAAUUCCCUGAAGACCAUUGAUUAUUUUUUCCAAAAAUUCUUAAAUUAUUCAAUAGGUACUGUGGAAACAUCAAGGCUUUUUAUACAAAACCUAAUGGAAUGUCUAAACAGGUUGGAACAUGAAAUUUUGACUCAGAGUUACGGAGAUAGUACGACAUUAGCAAUAUCUUCCAUUUUAAAAGUUCUCAUCAUACAUAAACCUACACUUUGCUCGUUUGUAGCUAGAAAUAUUUUCGAUGAAUUGGUUUCAUCUUUUAUCAGAAGUUUAGUAAAUCUUUUGAAUUUGCUUAAGUAUGAUGAUAAAAUAAAAAUUUUAUUUUACGAUUUGUUAUUUUUGAUAAAAUCGUCAAUCACUGAAGAGAUAAAUACAAUUACUGAUCAUCAAUUGGAACAAUCACAAAAUAGUGUCGACGAUUUCAAAACAAUUGAUACCCCCAACAUGUCAAAAGCAACCCACUUUCAACAAAUGUUCGAACUUCCGGAGUUAAACAAAGAAAAUCCUUUUGAGGAUGACUUGGAUGAACAAACAAUAUUUUCAUCGAGCACAACACAAGAAGAUGAACUCAAAUAUGGAGGAGACCUCAAUUAUUUUAAUGAUCGGGGACUAAAAUUACAGUUGACUAAGCAUAAUUCUUUAGAUUUAUCUCCAUUUGUGGGAAAUAUUUUGGACAAUAAUGAAAAGUUAGAAGAAGAAAGUCUUAAAAAUCUUAGGACUGUCUCCAAACCAUUCAAAUUAAGAAGCUAUGAAAUUUUGGAAGAUACCAGUCACAGUAUAAACGAUGCUUGCAUUAAUUUACUGUUGUUUGAUGCUUAUCUUACAAAAGAAAAUAUACCUUAA